AUGAAAGCUUCCGUUUGCCUGCCCUUCUUCGCCGCUUCUUUAGUCUUCGGGCACGCUGUAGUUGAUGAUCCAGCUCCCCGCAAGACUGGCUCUUCGCAGGAGGCUCUUUGUGGAUCUGUUCUAACCAAAGCUUUUGAGAGCGACAUUACUGGGCCUAUCGAAAAUGCAGUAAGCAAGGCGGUCGAUCCAUACAGCUGCAACCCAUACCUCUGUCGUGGGUAUCAAUUCGAAGAUAAUACGGACAACGUCCGCAGUGUCCAAGCCGGCGAUGUUAUCCACUUCCAUGUGGACCUAGUCGCUGGACAUCGUCCUGGAUAUGCGAACACCUCCAUUAUCGAUACCGCGACCAAUACAGUGGUUGGAGAGCCGCUUCGGUCUUGGGACGAAUGGCCGGGCCAAAACACUGGUUCCGAUCGUGAAGAUAUCAACUUCAACGUUACGAUUCCUGCUGGUCUAGAGGAAACAUGCGGCGAGGCUGGUAAAUGUGUUAUUCAGUGGUAUUGGUAUGCUACCAAGAAUAAGCAAACAUAUGAAAGCUGCCUGGACAUUCAGGUUUCUUAA